AUGGAACACACCAGAGCCUCCGGGUUUCCAUGCUAUGACGAUGGUGACGUUGUGGUCAUCGUUGCACCACUAAAGACAUAUCAACUUCAUUCAGGUGUCCUACGCCGCUACUCUCACCACUUUGCAGAGGUUCUUCGUGAGGAACAUGCCGCAAAGCUUUCUCCUAAAGCCGUAAAAGAUGGUGUUACUACACGAUACUGCCUGCAGCUGGUAAAGACACAAUUCGGUGCGAUUGGUAAUUUUCAGCCUUUGCCUGUCGAUAAAUUUGGCCACUCACAUUCCGCUGGCUUCUCUCUGACUGGAAUUGAAAAUGGCCGCGUUCCUGACGAACGGAUUCAAUACUGGGAUUGGCUCUUCGGGAUUUUCUACGGGAAGGCACCUUCCUUCGACGACGAGAAUCUGGCCACCGUCCUGAGUGGUUGUAUGGGCCUCGUUGAUGUGGCUGAAACCGUUCAAGCUGUUGACAGUGUCCGUGAGCAUGUUGAUUUGGCCUUACUCCGCCAAGGACAAGUACUCUGGAAUUCUGUUGCAUCAAACCCUGUUGCUUGGGCUGAGCUCGGUCGUCGAGUACAUUCACCAACUAUCUUCUCAGAGGGCAUCGUUCACAUCGUCGGCAAAUGGAAUGAUAUGACUGAAGGCACCAAAAAAGAUCUACAUCCCGACAUUCGCACUGUCUGUGACAAAAAAUAUCGGGAGCUCGAAGUUGCUAAAGAAGCGAUUGAGCUGCGCAUCCUCGGGCACUAUCCACCCUUCCUAUGUCGCGAUGCAACUACCAAGCCCGGCCGAGCCACCUAUUCCAAUGACAUCUACAUGUGGAUGGCAAUCUGUUUCUACCGCCAAUGGUUCGCUCAGGCUAUCUCCGACGGCCGCAAUCGUGUCAGCCGGGAUGGCGGCUACGAAUUCUAUCAUCAGAUUGGGCACGCUGGACAGGCCUACCUUAACCAUGAAACAUUCCUCAACUUUCACAAGUACUUUCCCAUGUCGAGCAAGGCGUGCAAUGUUCUCGAAGCCAACAUGGGGAUCUUGAAGAACGAAGUCAAACAUUUCGUGAAAGACAUACUUGAGAGCACUGUCAAUGUCGACAACGUUACCUACCCGCCUCUCCGGUGGCUCACAUGUGUCAAAGUCAACAAAGAAGACUAUCCAUGGCACGUCGAAGAGCCUGACAAUUCGUUCCCGACCGAUCAAUUCACGAUGACAGGGCAGUCACCUGAAAACGAUGGCGAUAACGAUGACGAUGACGCUGUGAUGUGUGGUAGAGGCGGCGCUUACUGA